GUAAUGAUCCUGGGUGUCCGGCUGUGGCGGAUUUGUUUUGGUUUUGUCGAUUUGUGAUAAUUCUUUGAUCCGUAAAAUUUUAAUGAAGUUUUAAUUGGUUAAAACCGCUUAGACGUGAGGCUAGAGCAUAUUUCACAUAAUGGCAGCAUACCGUUUAUCCUGGGUUGGCCAAAGGCUAUUUCGGUCUACAUCUCAGAGCAUACCAUUUCGUUUCGCAUCCUCCUCUGUAAACCAAUCAAGUGGCACUUUUCGUCUUGCGAUGAAAGGGAUUGUUUUUGGUGCUUUGAUUGGAACUGGCUGGUCUAGUUAUAAUUACUUCGUGGGAAAGCCUACGGACCAUAUGAUCGAUGAAAAGACCGGUCCAAAAUAUUUGGAUUCCUUCCCGGAAGUAAAAAUUACAAGAAGGAUCUACAAUCCAAAAGAUAACAGCGGAUUAGAAUUGGUACUAUUCCAGUUCCAAACUUGCCCGUUCUGUUGUAAGGUUCGUGCCUUUCUGGAUUAUUGUGGUUUAAGCUACUCAGUGGUAGAAGUUGACGCAGUAUUAAGACAAGGAAUUAAAUGGUCCGAAACUAAAAAGGUUCCCACUAUGCUUGUCAAAGCGCGAACUGGAAAAUAUCUGCAGCUGACAGAUUCCAGCAUGAUAGUGUCGGUAUUAUCCAGUUAUUUAAAGGAUACAAAUCGAGAUAUUGACGAACUGGUGAAAUACUAUCCUUCAAUUAGCUACGUAAAUGACGCUGGAAGAAAAACAAAUGAUAUUAUGAAUAAAUAUUUUUUGAUGCUACAGGAUGCUAAAAUACAUCAACCACAUGGUCCACAAGAUGAAGAACGCAAAUGGCGCUCUUGGGCUGAUGAUCAUCUAGUUCAUUUGAUUUCUCCUAAUGUUUAUCGGAGUAAAGAUGAAGCACUGGAAACUUUUGAAUGGUUCUCGGAUGUUGGAGAAUGGGAUGUGCACUUCCCUAGGUGGGAACGAAAUAUGAUGGUGUAUGUUGGCGCUUUUGCUAUGUGGGCUAUCAGCAAACGACUCAAGCAACGCCACCAGCUUACUGACGAUGUUCGAUCGCACAUAUAUGACGCCUGUGACAAAUGGAUUGAGGCAAUUGAGAAGAAGAAGACUCCCUUUUUAGGUGGGAAAAAACCAAACCUUGCAGAUUUGGCGGUUUUUGGAGUACUUAACAGCAUGGAAGGAUGUCAAGCUUUUAAAGACUGCUUAGAUAACACAAAGAUCGGCGGUUGGUUCUACGCGGUACGAAAAGAAAUAAUGGUUAACCGUGGCCAUAUUGCAUAAAAUGUAUCUAAAUUGUGGCAAUAAAUUAAAAUAGCUUCAAUACGGCAAGACCUUCUGAAA